AUGAACGAUAUUGCAAAUGUUUCAAUAAAGGAAGUCAAAUCUCCAUCAGAAGAGGCAUCAGAAUCUUUGUUUGGAGAAGACAUCUUUUACGAAAUUCCACUUGGUGUUAGAACAGAAAAAGAACUUCAGGGAAAAACGCAAGAAGAAAACCCAGAAGGAAAACCAGAAGAGAAUAAAGAACAAGAAGAGGAUAAGAAAGAAGAAAAAGGAGGCCUAGGCACUGGAGCAAUUGUUGGAAUAGUAGUUGGAGUUGUCGCUGCUAUUGUUAUUGUCAUUGUUCUCGUUUGGUUCUUUGUCUUAAGAAAGAAAUCAGAUAAUAAUGAAUCUAGUUCAACCAGUAAUUAA